AUGAUUAAUCCAUGUCACCUUACAUUACCACAUAUUCUUCCUUUUGUCAUCCAGCUUCCUAGGCUAAUUCGUUGUUUGAUCCUGGGAUCCACUGAUUCGACAAGCGUAAAGCUUGCUCAGGUCUUCCUAUCCUCUACGCAUCCUCUUCCAGAUGUGUCCGAGGACCCGGCAACGGAUGACUGGAACUCACUUGAUGGCAUUUUCUCGUUACUUGAAGAGGCAAGUGAGGUACAUGAGGAGGCUGGAAUUAGGACUGACCAACUUCAGCUUAAAGCCUCUUGGACCCGCCGGUUCUGUCUCUACCAAACCAACUUCUAUCCAGUCUAUUUGCAGCUCCGAUAUCCCUUAAUCUUCGGCCUCGAGGUCAUCCUUACGAUUCGACCCUACUACUCCGCCCUCGAUCGACUCAUUCAACGAUCCCUUCGAAUUAGCCUCGAGCCGAUGACAAUUCAGUCGACCCACCAGGCAACGAAUGAUUUUCGGCUCCAUCUUUCUUCUCUAUAUUCAGUUGAUGGAGUCAGAUUGCACCAGACAAUUUCGAUUGAUGCAGUGACCCAAAGCCUAUUGGCUGACUGGCGGAAGGAUGCUUCUUCGGAAGUGGGGACGAUUCUCUCGCCACGUAGGGGGGACACCAGCCUAUUGGUCAGGCUUCCAGAAGCCAGUUUCCGGCAAAAAACUCGCGUUGCUAGACUGGUCUGUGAACAUUCCACGGCUCCGUUCACUUUUGAGACGACGCAACUUGCCCCGGAAGGUCCCUCUUUGGACGCAAGUGGUGUGGAAGUGGACGCGGUGACCGGUUGGGUGACUACUCUGCCCUCAUCCAACUCAAGGCUGAGUGAUCAGGCCACCUGGUCAAAGUGGGUCACCUUAACUCCUAGAUCCUUCUAUCGUUUUGGUGUCCGUGCUGUCGGUCGACAAAAGACUUCGUCGCCAGGUGCCUCAGGUGGAUCUCUCUGUCAGGCUGAGUUGGUGUUUCUACGACAGCGGACAAGAGCAGAGUCCAUCAGUUCCGAGGAAGUCGAGAUAUCUCCUCUAGACGCCUGGACGACAGUCAGUUCGAUCUGCCAGGUUGAUCAAGAUGAGCCCAGUAAUCGCCAAAGUAAACUAGCGGAUUCUGUUCUUUUGGCUGUCCGGCCGCCCUGUCCGAGUCUAUCCAAAGUCAGGUGGAGGAGCGAAGAGACUUCGGCGAUUCUUCUACAGGCGAUAAGGUCAGCUGAAGUCUGCUCACACGAGUUUACUUUUUCCCACUUUGAACACUCUCGAGAUGAUGUUUCAGGUCAGGAGGGCUCCUCGGAAUAUCAAGAGAUUAUUCUUCUCCAGUCAAAAGACACGCCUAGAAGCCACUGUCUACGUCACUACCGUCGAACGACGUCCGAGAAACGCAACUUCUUUGACUCUUUUUCCUGGCUUCCCGUGGCCGAUGCUAGACUGUGGCCCGAAGACUAUCAAUUCAGGCAGUCUCGAUUGGUAGAACUAAACUGCUGGCAUAAAGAGCCCUCGACAUGGCUGGCACUGGCCGAGUUGACUAGUCGUCAUGGCUCCGUCUCAAAUGCGUCCUCGGCUGCAUCAUCUGCUCUCUUCUCGGCGUUGGCACCGGUUUCCCUGGCAAUGCUGCACGAUAAGUCGAGAAAUACAGCAAAUCGGUUCUCUGUACACGUUCUCACAUCCGAAGACCUGCCAUUGGGCGAUCCGGGCGAGGCUACGGCUCGUCUCAUCGCUCUGGACGAGCAUCGCCUGUUGGUGUUAGUACAGGCCAGGCAUCUCUCCGCCGGAGCUUGGUACCAAGUGGUCGUGUUGUCGCGGCUGGCCCCGAUCAGCCGAACCAGGCUCUUCUGCCGCUGUCUGCCCAUGGGGAUGAGGCCAACUGGGCGACGUGGCAACCGGCUGGGACUUGUGGAACAACCAAUUGGUCUCGACGCCUCGAACCGGCUGACCGAGAUUUGGCUUCAGGUUGACAGAGCGACAGCUCUCGGCGGCUAUCUUGGCAACUGGAGGCGUCUUCUGCCAGACUUCAGCUCUUCUCAGCUGACUUUGGCUGUUCAGCCUCACUUUCUGCAAGUCAAUUCUGACGGCGCAAUAUUCACCAAUCGGUGGAUCCCCGGCACCUCCAGACAGGAGGACAGAUUGGUGCUGUCGUCGGCCAGCCAUAGCAACAGGACAAAGCUGUUUCCGCGUCACAUUCUUGAGAUACCCGUUUUUAUUGUCGGCUUGGCAGUUCCUUCGGAAAGUCCGGCUUGUGAAGUCGACCUCGACGUGCCGGAUGCUGGCAACGCCGACCGCCUGAGGCUCUUUGCCCUACUUCCGGUUGAAGUGGCCAAUUUCGAUGUCUGGACGCGUCGUCCAGACGACGCCGAUGGCCGCCUUGUCUUCGACCUGUCCGAGAGGCCGGGGCGAGCCGAGGCCGAUGCGGAUCUCUGCGUCUGGAGGCCCCAGCUUCCCGGUCUACUGUUGCUACCUGACUGUCGUGUCUACACGCUGCCCGGUGCCUUGGCUCCGGCCGAUAUUCGCCGUCGUACCACAGGACUUGAGUUUGACACCCGACUACGUCGACUUUCCGGCCAGCCUGGCAGACGAGCCUCAGAAUCUCGUCUGUACAUCCGUUUGAAUCCGCUUCAACUG